AACAAGAUCACACAUGACUAUUUUUAGGCUUACACAUUAAGAGAAUUUUAUGAGUCAAAGUACUUAGAUGAACAGUUCCAAAAGUCAAAUGUGUACAAAGACAAUGGGACGGAGGUAGUAUUUGGUAAUGAUAAUUCUUAGAUUUAGAUUUAAAAGUGAACACUUCAAAGUGUUUUUAAAUCUAUAUUUUUUUAAAGACCUCGAGGUCGCCGGAUUUGCAAUCGCAGAGGUAACACACGUUUCGAUCUGUAAAGUUAAGCAGUUCACGUGUUCCGUAUGAUUCUUGUUUUGUUUUGGAUUUUGGAUUUCAAAUAUGGUCAUUUGAUUUGAGCGAGCAAUUUUUGUUUUUUGGGAAUUUCUGAAAAUUUGUUCGGGAAGAACUUGGAGAACCCUAGAUCUCGUUCCGUGAGGAUUUUGUCGGUGCGCUCCGUUGGAUUUUGAGCUCGGAUCUGAUCGAGGUUAGCUCGGAAUUCGAGUGUUUUUUUUUGGAUUCGGAGCGGGGUUGGAAUUGAACAUAUGGCUUCGAAUCCUCCAAUUUUGGCGGAAGAUCAGACGGACGAAGAUUUCUUCGACAAAUUGGUGAAUGAGGAUGACGAUGGGAAUUUCAACCCUGUGACACUGCCGGAAGGUGAGGUGAGUUUGGAUGGGAAUGAAUCGGAUGAGGUUAAGGCUUUUGCAAAUUUGACACUAAGUGAUGCCAAUGAGAAUGCAAACAAUGAGACAGAUGGUUGGGAAACCGGGAUUGGAGACGGUGGGGAUGAAAGAGAGGUGAUUCAUGAUGAUGUUAAACCGGGGUUGUCAGUGGAGGAAAAGGUAGAGAAGAAAACUGCAUCAUCAGUCGCACACUCUUCGGCUGGUCUUGAUAAUGUGGAUGAAUGUAGUAAUGGUGUUUCUCCAGAUGACACUACUUCCAACACAACUGUUGAUAAGAGCAGUGGAUCUGGGCAGUCAGGUGUGAAGGAGGUGGGAUGGAGUGCUUUUACUGCAUGCCAGGAUUCAAAUAGUGAUUUGGGUUUUGGAUCUUAUUCUGACUUUUUCAGCGAACUGAAGGAUAGUUCAGGUGAUGCAAUUGGUAGUGUUGACGGAAAUAUGAAUGCUGAAUCUCAUAGUGUAUCGGCUCACCAAGUCUCUGGUUUUUCAUAUUUAAAUGCUUCAAAUUCUCAUCCACAAAAUCAGCUGGAAGCGGUGGACGCUUCGAAUAUGAACAGCAGUCAGUAUUGGGAAAAUCUUUAUCCAGGAUGGAGUUAUGAUCCCAAUACUGGGGGGUGGUAUCAAGUGGACAGUUAUAAUGCAGGAGGUAAUCUACAAGGGAGCAUUGACCCUACAUCGCAGCAAGCCGGUUGGCCCAAUGGGAAGUCAGAGGUUUCAUAUCUGCAGCAAACUGCUCAGUCUGUCGUGGGGACUGAAACAGAAAGCGGGACAACUGCAAACGUCUCCACUUGGAAUCAGUAUUCUCAAGCUAAUGAUCCAACCCAGACUGUGACGAAUUGGAAUCAGGCCUUGCAAGCGAACAAUGGCUACCCAUCUCAUAUGAUAUUUGAUCAAAACUACCCAGGGUGGUACUAUGAUACAAUCGCUAUGGAAUGGCGCUCUCUAGACACAUAUGAUAAAUCUUCUCAGUCAUCUACCAUUGAACCACAGAAUCAGCUAAAUCAGAAUGGUCAUGCUUCGUCCAUGCCAUCUUUUUCACAAAACAGUGAACAAAUGAUGCAAGGAGCGUUUGGACAAACUAAUAGUGAUAGAGCUCAACAGUUUAGUGGUAAAGGAAUAGGUAACAACUUGUCCGAGUCUUUUGGUCAUUACAAUCAAAAGACCCCUAGUACAUGGCACACACAGUCUGUUGCUAAGAGUGAGCCUUCACAAGAAUACAGGGCAAACCAGCAAUUUGAUGGGAACUAUGGUCAUGAUUACACUGCUACCAACCAGUUCACUCAUCAGAUAUCUCAUAGUUAUGAGGAAACAAGUUUGCAACACGGGAAUGCAAAUGGAAGUCAAAGUGAGUUUCCAUUACCAGGGAGGUCUCAUGGCAUUGUUUCCGGCGGAGGCUUCAAUCAACAAUUCAAUCAACCAAAUUUUGACCAAAAUGAUCUCAAGCAUUCCUCAAGUGAAUAUUUUAGGAAUCAAAAUUCAUUUAGCUUUGUACAGCAACCAUUUCAAAGCACCCAGCAGUUGGCUUAUACUCCCAAUGCAGAAAGGUCAUCUGCAGGGCGCCCCCCACAUGCCUUGGUUACAUUUGGCUUUGGUGGGAAGCUUAUUUUGAUGAAAGAAAAUAAUUCAAUGGGAAGCAACUCAUUUGGAAAUGAGAAUCCCAUAGGACGUUCCAUAUCCGUGGUUGAUUUGAUGGACAUUGUGACUGAGAGAGCAGAUUCAAAUGUUGGGACUGGCAAGUGCAGUUAUUUCCAAACUUUAUGCCGACAAUCCUUCCCUGGCCCACUAGUAGGGGGAAGUGUUGGCAGUAAGGAAUUAAAUAAAUGGAUUGAUGACAGGAUUGUAAAUUCAGGAUCUCCUGAUUUAGACUACAGGAAAGCCGAAGUUUUGAGGUUGCUUCUAUCUCUGUUAAAAAUUGCUUGCCAGCAUUAUGGAAAACUCCGUUCCCCUUUUGGCACUGAUGCUAAAGUUAAGGAAAGUGAUGCUCCAGAAACAACAGUUGCUAAAUUAUUUGCAUCUGCUCAAAGGAGUGUGCAACUCAACCAAUAUGGCGGUGGUACUCAAUGCGUGCAGCAAUUGCCCUCUGAAGCACAGAUGCAGGUUACUGCUGCAGCGGUUCAAGGUCUUUUGGUUUCUGGCAGAAAGACAGAAGCACUACAAUGUGCACAAGAGGGUCAUUUGUGGGGUCCUGCUCUUGUUCUUGCUGCACAACUUGGUGAUCAGUUCUAUGCUGAUACUGUUAAGCAGAUGGCACUUAGACAGUUAGUAGUGGGGUCACCAUUGAGGACUUUAUGCCUACUAAUUGCUGGACAGCCAGCUGCCGUCUUUUCUACUGAAACGAUGUCUGAAGGGGUCAUGGCUGGUGCUUCAUAUGUCCCUCAACAGACUCCACAUUUUGGUGGAAAUGGCAUGUUGGACCAUUGGGAGGAGAAUUUGGCAGUGAUAACUGCUAAUAGAACAAAGAAUGACGAGCUGGUGCUCACUCACCUGGGAGAUUGUUUGUAUCAAGAGAGAAAUGAUAUAGUUGCCGCGCAUAUUUGUUAUCUGGUGGCAGAGGCAAACUUUGAGCAAUAUUCAGACACUGCUAGGUUGUGUCUUGUUGGUGCAGAUCACUGGAAAUUCCCACGAACUUAUGCUAAUCCUGAAGCCAUUCAGAGAACUGAAUUUUAUGAAUACUCAAAGUUGCUUGGGAACUCCCAGUUUAUUCUUCUUCCCUUUCAACCGUACAAGCUUGUGUAUGCUUACAUGUUGGCCGAAGUUGGGAAGAUAUCCGAUGCACUUAAGUACACUCAAGCAUUAUUGAAAUCACUAAAAAACGGUCGAGCUCCUGAAGUUGAAACAUUGAGACAACUAUCAUCAGCUCUGGAAGAAAGGAUAAGAACUCACCAGCAGGGAGGUUUCUCUGCAAAUUUAGCCCCAGGGAAGUUGGUGGGCAAAUUGCUUAACCUUUUUGACACUACUGCACAGCGUGUUGGUCUUGGGAACCCACCACCACCUGCACCUUCGAGUAUCAAUUCACCCUCAAGUGAAUAUUUUCAUCAGCCUGUAGGACCCAGAGUCCCCAACAGCCAAUCGACAAUGGCAAUGUCAUCCUUAGUACCUUCAACAUCCAUGGAGCCCAUCAAUGAACGGGCAGCUAAUAGCAGCAGUAGAAAGACAAUUCACAACAGAAGCAUUUCAGAACCUGACUUUGGUAGAAGUUCCCUACAGGGCCAGAUGGACUCAUCAAAAGUUGCAAGCUCAACUAACUCACAAGAAAAUCCACCUGGAGGAGGCACAUCGAGAUUUAGUCGCUUCAGUUUUGGAUCUCAAUUCCUUCAGAAGACAGUCGAACUAGUCCUUAAGCCACGCCAAGGCCGCCAGGCAAAAUUGGGUGAACAAAAUAAAUUUUAUUACGAUGAGAAGCUCAAAAGGUGGGUAGAGGAAGGGGCUGAUUUACCCCCUGAGGAAGCAACAAUUGCACCGCCACCAACAAUUGCGUCAUUUCAAAAUGGAGCGCCAGAUUACAACUUGCGGACUGCUCUAAAGAGUGAAGGUUCAAGCAAUGGAAGUCCAGAAGUGAAGAGUCCAGCUUCUGCUGACAGUAAUUCCGGAAUUCCGCCACUUCCACCCACUUCUAAUCAGUUCUCAUCACGUAGCCGAACAAACGUGCGGUCAAGGUAUGUGGAUACCUUCAACAGAGGUGGUGGUAAUGCAACCAAUUUGUUCCAUUCACCCUCCGUUUCUUCCACCACCAAACCGGCAAAUCCCGCCGCCAAAAAGUUUUUCGUCCCCGCACCAGUUCCUGUCUCUUCCGAACAGUUUGCCGCCAACGGCACCGCCACCGACAGCGCUACACAAGAUGGCUCCCGUGCCGAAAACCACCUCGAUUCUUUCACGUCCCCCGCCACAUCAUCAUCAGACGCCACGAACAUCCAAAGGUUCGGAAGUGUCGGGAAUCUCUCGAACAACGCCGCCGUUCCGAGGCCCGGCUCCUUCCCGGGACACACGCGGCGGACCGCCUCGUGGAGCGGAAGUUUCAGCGAGGCUGCAGUGGCAGCCCCACCUCAUCAUCAUCAUCAAACUGCGAAACCGUUGGGAGAGGUGUUGGGUAUUGUGCCUCCGUCUUCAUCGUUCAUGAUGCCCAACGACAAUAUGGAUGGGUUGAGAACAAGUGGCAGUUCUGGUGAGGAUCUUCACGAGGUUGAACUUUGAUUACCAGAAGAAUCUGUAAAUAUUUAUAAACUAUGUCUUUUUUCUCCCCUUUUUCACAGUUCAGUGUGGGGCUGCCUAUAAAUGUUCCACCUUUUUUUUUAUAUAUAUUUUGAAUUACUACAUGUAUUGUGUUGAAAGUUACAUUGUGUUUAUUAUACUUGUAGCGAUAGGUUUUUGUUGGAAAAAAAAGCUUAGCUCCCCUUUUUUUUAGAGUAUUGUCAUUAUUUAUGAAGAAUAUGACUGUUAGCAGCUACAAAAGUGUACAUUUUAUUUCAUUUAUUGGGGGUAAGAAAUCGACACCCUAUAGUGAAUUGUUGUUUAUGAGAAUAUUAUGCAGUUAAAAAUUCAAUGAAAUGGAGGAUUUUAU